UUACAAAGUACGACUGCAAGAAACGCCUGUCGAAUAACGCUUCCUACGAAGUAAACAUGGUCCGAAUUACAGAGGAUUUGCUUCGAAAGAGAGCCGAACACAACAACUGUGAGAUCUUUUCACUCGAAGAAAUCUCACUACAUCAACAAGAAAUUGAGAGGAUCGAGCUCCUUGAUAAACUGUGCAGAGAUCUGAAAAUUCUCUACUUACAGAGUAAUUUAAUACCAAAGAUAGAGAAUGUUAGUAGACUGAAGAAGCUUGAAUACCUCAAUUUGGCAUUGAAUAAUGUUACAAGGGUUGAAAACCUAGAAGGGUGUGAGUCCUUGAAGAAGUUGGAUCUGACUGUCAAUUUCAUUGGAGAACUGACAAGUGUUGAAUCACUAAGAGGAAAUUACCACUUCAGAGAACUUUAUUUAACAGGAAAUCCCUGUACAGAGUAUGAGGGUUACAGAGAAUAUGUCAUAGCAACUUUGGAUAGUUUAAAAUGGCUGGAUGGAAAAGAGAUUGAUAAAUCUGAAAGGAUUUUAGCCAAACAGGAUUAUGAGAACAUUAGAAACAAGAUCGUUAGUCAACAAUCUGACCAUGCAAAGAAAAGGGAAAGAGAAAAACAAGAAGCAGCCAAAACAAAAACAGCUGAAAAAGAGUUACAGUCAGGCAAUGAAAAUCAAAAUGAAUGUAUCAGUGAAUCUAGUGAAGAAAAUCAAAGAAAAACUGAAAAGGAAGAGGAGGAAGAGGAGAAAAGAUUUUGGCAGGAGAAAACAGAUUUUACCCCAGAGUCCCGAAUAGAGUUGCAUCAACAUAUUGAGGAAAAGCGCAAGCAGAGGGAAAAGAUAGAUGAUGAGAGAAUCGGAAGAAAUAAGCCAGCCAAAGAAACAAGGUUCUUUGCCAGCGAUGGCCAUGUGUUGAAUAUAAACCAAGGAAAAUGGGAUUUCCAGUUUGACGAUGAUGAAGACAACAAUAGAUUUGUUUUGGAUUUACCUUGUUUUAGGCACCUGGACACAUCUCUUAUUGAUGUUGAUGUACAGCCCACUUAUGUGAGAGUAACAGUAAAAGGCAAGGUUUUUCAACUGGCUCUGUCUGAGGAUCUUUCAUUAACUUUUAUUAUUAGUGAUGCACUAAAUUGUGAAGUAACUUAACUUUGGUUUUGUAGCAAGGAAAACUCAAGCUCAGCCAAGAGAUCUCAAACAACUGGUCAUCUGAUAAUUUCAAUGCCCAAGGUGCGACAAGUUGUAAAGCCACUGGAGAAGACUUCACCAACCAAAAUUGACCCAAGUCCUAGUAGACAAAAGCAAGAAGCUCAGCCAUCAUCAGAGCCAAGUAAACACAGCAGAAUUCAUCAUGAACGAUUGGAAGUUGAACCCAAUAUUAACAGUGAUAUGGACUUCAGUAAGAUUGCAAACAACAGCCAAGACAAAACCAAACAAAGAGAUUCUGGGAGAGUCAGCACUAUCUCAGAAUCAAAGGAGGAAAGUUUUGUUGAUGAUCCAGAUGUUCCACCUCUCAUAUGACCUUCCAUGUUAGACAAACAAAUAUUGAUGUAAAUACACCUUGUUUGAUGUGUAAAUAUUGUUGUAUUAAAAGUUUUCAUACAUUCAAUAA